AUGAACGCAAGUUCGGUACAAUUGUAUGGAUAUAUAGCAGCACGGGAUUAUUUGGAUUUAUCGCUUAAUUAUAUUGUCAAUCGUAGCAGGGACAAUCCCCUUAUGGUGCGACAGGGUUCUCUCAUUGAGAUGACUGGCCCUAAGAGAGGCAUCACAAUGACCAGCCCUGUUCUAGUUGAGUAUGACAUGAGGAUCAAGGAAGGGGAGCAAGAAGAAUAUGAUCUACAAUUAAUUGAUGGUGCAACAGACUUCUGCGAAGUAACCACACCUUCUCAUCCAUUCACGAGUCAGAUUAAUGGCGAUUGUGGUGCAGUUGACAUCACUUUAGCACACGUCGUCAAUGCAGUGGAGGCCACAAUAGAUGUUAUUGUAUCAGAAGUGCGGAGUGGAUUCAAUUUAUCUCUCGGUUCGUAUGUGCUUGUAGGUGGGUCAUAUCAAGGAAUCGAGCUCCUGCGUGAUAUUAUUGGUGAGUCAUGUGUCAUAACAAGAAGAUAUGUGAUUGCCGUAGAGAUGGAUAGUUGGAUGCACUUGAAGCUCAUGGUAGGCCGGGAAGGUUCAAAAUACGAUGAUUUGGAACAUCAUUGUCGCUUCAAAGCAAACCUCCAUGGAUAUGCACGUCGACAAAUACUGCUUGAGCAUGCCUCUAUCUCGCUAAAGGUGACUUGGUCGGCUAUGCCAUGA